CUUCCUCUUUGCUAGAGGCUGUAACAUGUUGCUCUGAAAUACAAGCUAACAUAGAAACUGAUUUAAUGUAUCUUUUUAAUAUCAAGCCAUGUUCGUGUGCGGAGUAACAAUGUAAUGACUGCUGAAAGCGCCACAAUCCGAUAUUUGAUGUAAAAACACAAGUGCUGCUUCGCUGAGCGGAGACACUCGCGGUUGCACUUUAUCAACAUCCAGGCAGGGUCCCUGAAGUAGUAGCAGGUGGAGAUAUGAGCAAGGCCAAGUCAUCCAGGGACAAGAGAUCCACCCAGCCUGCUCUCAGCAGAGUCACCCGCAGUUCCUCCACCCAUUCCAGGCAGACAGACUUACUCCAGUCCCAGGCUUCAGGAACCAGCUCAGGCCCUCAGGCCCACCCAGGUGGCAGACCGUCAGACACAGGGCUCGUUCAGGACCUCAGCCUGAUGAGUGUGAAUGAACAGCAGGCCUCAAUAGCUCGCCGAGGGAGGCCCCCCAAGACGGGUACCGGUGGCAUUCUUGCAGACGUUGGCGCCCCCCCCGGUGCUUCUCUCUCCGUCCCUCCCUCAGCCCCAAAAAGUGGCCUGGGCACCAUAGCCCGUCUCAUCAAGCUCGGCCGGCUGAAAAACAUCGUGGUGGUGGCAGGGGCUGGUAUCAGCACGGCCAGCGGGAUCCCAGACUUCAGGACACCUGGGACUGGUCUGUACGCCAACUUGGAAAAGUACGACAUCCCUUACCCAGAGGCCAUCUUCAACAUCGACUACUUCUCCAACGACCCGCGGCCGUUCUUCUCGCUGGCCAAGGCGCUGUACCCGGGCCACCACCGGCCCAACUACGUGCACUACUUCAUCCGCAUGCUGCACCAGAAGGGCCUGCUGCUGCGCAUGUACACACAGAACAUCGACGGCCUGGAGCGCAUGUGUGGCAUCCCAGAGGACAAGCUGGUGGAGGCCCAUGGCAGCUUCGACACGGCGUCGUGCCAUUUGUGCUACACGCCGUAUCCAUCCGAGGAGGCCAAGAGAGCCAUCAUGUGUGGCAGCGUCCCCACGUGCUCCUUCUGCCAGGCCACGGUGAAGCCUGACGUGGUGUUCUUUGGGGAGGACCUGCCACAGAAGUACUUCCAGCACACCAGCGACUUCCCCAAGGCCGACCUCCUCAUGGUCAUGGGCACCUCUUUACAGAUUGAGCCGUUUGCCAGCCUGGUGAAUACGGUGCGUUCGACGGUACCGCGGCUGCUGCUCAACCGGAACGCGGUGGGGACGUUCGAGCGCCGCCCGCUGCGCCGCGGAGACUACAUGGAGCUCGGAGAUCUGAGCGAGUCGGUCAGCAAACUGGCCCAGGUCCUGGGCUGGCACCAGGAGAUCCAGGAGCUCAUGUGGAGUCAGGAGAACCGGUUUGCCCCCCAGCGGGUGACCAGUGCCAUGGAGCAGCAGGCAGCGCCGGGGAGGAGAGAGGAGGUGGACGGCCCCCCCGCCAGACGGCCCAACGCCUCCAGCGGGGCGCGCUCCGGCAGCGAGGAGUCCGACGCCUCCGAGACAGACAGCAUGAGCACCGAGUCCUCUGGGCCUAGUAACUAACACACACACACACACACACACACACAGUAUUCACACCAGUGUUCAUCCAGAGUCCUGUGUGUGUAGUGGAAGGCCAAUGAUAACAUGUUUGGAAGGUAAACAGAAACAUGGCACUUACUUAUUAGCAUUGGUGAAUCUGCUCUUAUGUUGUCAGAGUCCAGCGGUUUUGAUCUGUUUUUAUUGUUAGUCAUGUGUUCGCUUAGUUGGUGUCAGAGUCAGAGCCGGACGCCUCCGUGUGUUUGCUAAGCCAUUGCAAUAAUGAACCGCAUCCAUCCACACAGAGGGCAACUUUUCUCUUUUGGGCUUAAGCCAUUUCUCCUCCUGUUAGACAUUAGGGUUUUGUGUGUGUGUGUGUGUUCCUGUUAGACAUUAGGGUUUUGUGUGUGUGUGUGUGUGUGUGUGUUGAGUUUGGCUUGGGGAGAAAGGCUGAAAUGGGGAGCUAAACCUAGCUCUGAGCAAACCAUGCGAAAUUAGUAUGGGAGGCAAGAGCCCCUGAGUGUGUGUGUGUGUGUGUGUUCACUCCUUAUAAUGCCACUGAGGAGGCCAGGCAGGGGGGUUCCCUCCUCUACGCUAAUAAAUGUCUCCGUAGUGCAACAAAGAACCCCAAUAUCCUGCUGUGUGUGUGUGUGUGUGUGUGUGUGUGUGUGUGUGUGUGUGUGUGUGUGUGUGUGUUUAGAGAGGAGACUUUUCUUUGCAUGGUUUGUCAUUCAAGAAUGCAAUUAUUCAAUUUUGCACAGGCUGUGUGUACAUAGUGUUCUGUGGAGUUUUUCGGGUUAAAAACACAUUAAGUGGCCGUGCUGUGCAUUCCAGUGGUCCACGGUGUAUAAAGACAUGGACUGGACUGGACAGGACAAGACCCUUCCAGAACCAGUGCAUACUCCAUCCCCUCACUCUGUGUGUCUACAUUUAUGGACAAGCUGCUUAAAUCACUGUAAAACUUUUGCAUGUACAAUUGUUUUUACAAUUUUUACAAGUGUAAUGAUUCAGUUGUUGAUGGUAUACAGUACAAGCACGAGUAGUAGUCUUUAUGUUAUGUAUUUGUAUUGAAGUUUCUCAGUUUAAUAAAUAGCAAUAAAAAGUUUUAA